AUGGGUAUCUCUAUGUUUGUUGGGAUAUGGCUGUUAAUGUUUCACCUUGUCGAUGCAGAUGCAGAAUUGAGGUUGGUCAAUUCAACCAAUUAUGGCUGUUCUGGUCGUGUUGAAGUUUUUGCCAAUGGAAAGUGGGGGUCGGUUUGUGAUAGUUUUUGGAAUAUAUUAACUGCCGGAGUGAUCUGUCGACAGCUAGGCUGUGGAAAUGCUAUUGCAGCUCCAAGAAAAGCCUUUUAUGGUCCAGGCACUGGACCUGUCAUCCUGAAUAACGUGUGGUGUAAAGGGAAUGAGGCAAACCUCUGGCAAUGUCACAAUUCUGGCUGGUUCUCUCAGAGCUGUGAUCACCAUGAUGAUGCUAGUGUCACCUGCUCAGGUCUUUAUCCAAAUUUGAACUACACAAGACCACCUAUAUUAGCAAAUUACACUUGUGGAGGCUACUUUUCCCAACCCUCAGGGAAAAUCUUCAGCCCAAAUUACCCUAAACAGUAUUCAAACAACACCAACUGUUUCUGGGAUAUUCUAGUAUCAAGCAAUUUCGUUGUGACCAUAGUAUUUGGAGAUGUCGACCUAGAUGAAAACUGUGACAUGGAUUUUAUUGAAAUCUACGAUGGACCUUACCAGAGUUCCCCUAGAAUUACACGAAUUUGUGGUAAUAAGAGAGGCACCUUCAGAUCAACAACCAACUUCUUGUCGGUUCGCUUCUCCAGCAACAGCGGUAACUCCAAACGAGGAUUUCAGGCUCACUACUUUUCCAUACCUUCCCAUAAUGGCACUUCUCUAACAUGCUCACAAGAACAAAUGACAGCCAUUUUCAGUAAAGAGUAUCUCAAGUCAUUGGGCUAUACUACAUGGAAUUUUGUCUUGUAUAACUCAUCCUGCGUGAUCAUGGAAAACAGAACUAAUAUCAUAGUUGAAAUUCCAUACGAUAGCUGUGGCACAAAAAAAACGAUAACCAGUGAUACUAUCAAUUAUAGUAACAUCCUCAGAAUAAAUCAAACAAUUAGACACAGUGAUAUAAUCACAAGGAGUGAAUCUCUCCACUUACACGUUAGUUGCAGAAUGCUCAAAAAUACCUGGGUAGAAGCUAUGUUUGCUACCACUGGGGGUAUUGACAUCACUGAAGUCCGAUAUUCCAAUUACCAUGUGGAACUAUCUUUUUAUGAAACUUCUGCUUUUAUCAUACCUGUGAAUAGUACACCAUACUAUGUAAAAUUAAACCAGGAUCUAUACCUUCAAGCAGAAAUUCUUCACACUGAUGCCAGCCUGACUUUGUUUGUGGAUACAUGUAUAGCAUCCCCAAGUCCAGAUGAUUUUACAACCCUCACUUACGAUUUAAUCAGGAAUGGGUGUGCAAAGGAUGAAACCUAUAUUACAUAUGACUCGCCUUUCCCACAAAAGGCUCGUUUUGGAUUCAAAUCCUUUUCCUUCUUAGAGAAACAUCCUUUUGUUUAUUUACAAUGUAAAAUGGUUGUGUGUAGGGCCUUUGAUUAUACUUCAAGAUGUUACAAAUAUUGUAUGGAGAGAACUAAAAGAGAUACAAGUACCUAUGAGGAAAAACUGGAUAUUGUUUUGGGACCAAUUGAACUUGAGAAAGAAGACGAAAAAGAGGACAGAAAUCUGGCUGUUGUGGAUGUUCAAGGCCCAUAUGAAUACAAUAAGCUGUAUCAACCUAUUGCUGCUUCUAUCGGGGUAUUCAUUGCUGUGGUGGUGGUUUUUGGAGCCUUUCAAUUGAAGAAGAGGAGCAAGGAUACAAUGGAGGGGGCUUCUUGCCUAUAAGGUGUGAAGAACAGAAGAAAUCAUUUCUCCUUUCCCCUUUUACUUUUGAAUUUCCUUCUGUUCUUAUCAGUACA